AUGGUGUCUAGGGCUUUUGCGGAUAACUGGGUAGAAUUGCAUGAUCAGAGAUCUGAAUUCUACUGCGAUUCUGUUUCGAGAGAAUUUCGACCUACAAUUGCUACAACCACGGAAUUUCAAACCUUGCCUCCACUUACACCUCAGCCCCUCAGAAGUUCUUCAGCUCAGCUUUUUCCUCCACGAUCACCACCUCCUGUUCCUCCACACAGAAAUGCACAUAACUACGACACCGAGCUUGUCUUUCUCCAGCCAGAAAACAGACCCCUCAUUCCUCCCUCCUACCCAAUGACACUUCCACCAAUACCAAACAAAAGUCAACCUGAAGAUGCUCAAAAAAGAAACUCCCGAUUUUCACCAGUUCUAGCACACCAUAGAGGCCCCUCCGACGUGAUGUUCGUAGAAAUGGGUACCCCGGCACCUGAGAGCACCCUCUUUCCUACUCCAAAACCCCGAAAUCGGUAUGUCGAAGACGAGGAAAUGGAAAUUCAGAUAAUGGGAAAGGACGACCAAGGAGAAUGGUUGUGUCGUGAUGAUAUGAAGUAUGCUUAUAAGCCGCCCAUUCUUAUUUCACCUUACUUUCAGCGAUACAGUACACAGACCCCGUCAAAUUACAGAAUUUCAAAUCGAUAUACUAAACAACACCAACCCUACUUAACUAGAUGUACCAGUGCUGAAUACUUCGGCACAUCUCCAGUUGCUGGAGGUAUACAACAAAAGCCGAUUGGAAGUCCACAGCAGUAUCGAAGUAUGGCCAAUCUAAAUUUCUAUUCCCCGGAGUUUUCACCAGGGGUAAUCGAGAGGGAGGUGUGGCUUCUACCGCAUAAUGAGCAGACAAGGCUAACGAAUUCGGGUAGAGUUUUGAGUCUAUCUUCAGGUGCUCUUCAUCAAGAAAUUAUCAAAAGACCUAUUUGUAGGGACGCUGAUAUAAGAUCAAGCCGCAUUUGGCGUCCAAUGAAUAUCGAAUAA